AUGCUCGAAGAGAAAGAACAAGAAAAACUGCAAAGGGAACUGCUCAAAACCAGCGAGGAACUCAAGAAGGAGAAGGAAAAAGUGAGAAAAUUGGAAGGCAUACUGACCGAACAACACGGAAAGAUCACCAACGAGAAGUUUGAGACUAUCAGGCUUCGGGCCCAGUUGCGGCAGCUAGAGAGACUGCCGGCCAGCCUGGAGGCCGAGCAGAAUCGGGCCAAGGCUCUGAGGCAGGAGAGCAAGGAGAAGGAGUACAAAAUGCAGAUGCUCGAGGCCAAACUCUACCUGGCUGAGAAGGAAAUCAGCGCGUUGAAGGGCAAAAACGAAGCGGAACGGAUAUUGAACGCCAAACAUUUACGGCGCAAGAACUUUCGGCUGAAACUCUAUCGCAAAAAGAGUGAGGUGCAGAGGAAGAAGGCCGCGAAACUGUGCAAUUUGGUGCAAAAGUUGAAAGACAAUGGAUCUAGUGAUCAGGAGCAAUCUCAAGAGCAAUCAGAGCUCAAAAUGAAAGUGGAAAAGUUGAAAAGAGUGGCGAAACGGUCGGAAGUGAGACGGAAGCGGCAGAAGGAGGUGAUCGACAAUCUCAAGGUCCAAGUGGAAAGCCUUGAGAAAUCCAACAUAAAAGUGGAGGAACAACUCGAAAUUCUGCAAAUUCAAGCCGUGGACCGAGUGCCCACUUGCGAGAUUUGUGCCUAUCCGUUCACGAUCAAUGGGGCCCGGGAUCCUAAGAUUUUGCGUAAGUUUCUCAGCACCAAAAAUGCACCAAAUACACUUGAUUUCAUUCAGGUUGCGGACACACCCUUUGCGGUGAUUGCAUCUGGAAACUGCUCAGUGAUCGGAAGAGAACGUGUCCGUUCGAUCGACUCAUGGCACUCAACGCGACGGUUGUGAUGCACCCGAACAACUACGCGAUCCUUCAGUUGAUACCCAAGAGUUCUACCGGUUCAACUCCGAAACAGGAUCCCCAGAAAUGA